ACAAAAUACCUAAAUAUACCUAAAAGUAUAUGCUUAAAUAUACAGAAUAAUUUCAUAGUACAACAUUUGCAGUGGGAAAGAAGAAAUUACAACUGAAAAAACCACAUAAAAUUGGAAUAAACGCAUCUAUGCAUGAGCAAAUAAAACAACAGAUUAAUUGAAAAUAUGAUUAUAGAUUUGGACAAUUGAUGCUCCAUUAUAUCUGUAAGAACAGUUUCUGCAAGAAUAGUUUCUUAUUCUGGAAACAAUAAACAAACAUAACAUAAACAUAUUGCCAUUAGCCCGAGUGUUUCAUUGGAUGAUUUAGAGGACAUAAUUCAGAACAAUGACAUGAAUGAGACAUAACCUGGAUUAUCCAGACAACAUUAUAACACUGAGACAUAACUUGGAUUAUCCAGACAACAUUAUAACACUGAGACAUAACUUGGAUUUUUGCAGAGCAGAGCACAUAAUAUAUAAGGGAAUAUAGUACUGUAACGACCCUGGGUGACCCUGAAGCUGUAGUGUAACGAGCUAGAUACUAGACAUGAAAGGGAGUGUGCUAAAUUCAAUGCCCCGUACAAGAAUCGAACCCGGGACCCUCCGCUCACAAGUCUGACACUCUACUGCUUUAGCCAAAGGAGCUAGCCAGUACAGCCGAGACUGUAGUAGCAUCUUGCUUUCGAGGGUCAUUACACCACUUUAAGACUGAACAUAUACCUAAAUAUAAUAAGUAUAGAGCUACGGCCUAAAACAUAUAAAUGAAAUUAGGUAAACAGCCUAUACAAAGACUUAUUGAGAAUACACGUAGUCAAUUUAACAGUGUGGAAAUCAAAAUCAUUAUCACACACACUUUCACUAGCACAAAGGUCAACAUUUGAUUUUAAGGAAUUGCUAUAAACAGAUAAAAGUCUUGUAAAUAAUGAAAAGUGUCAUAAGACACAUCAAAUUAAAUAGUGCCAAUUUACAUGAAAAAAUAUGAAGUGUGAUCGCAUCAAAGAUUAUUUGACUACUCUGAGAGAGACAGUUGCCAAGGUUUUAUGUAGGUUAAAAAAUAAAUUAUCUGUACAAAGUAAACAGACAGUAUACAGCGUAUCAGAGCAAAUUCCUGAAACUGUACCAGACCAGAUUCCUGAACCAAUAUCAAAGCAAAGUCUUGAAACAAAAAAGGAGUGUCGCUGUGUCAAUUGUCUAUUCGGUUGCAUGGGUCCACUAAUUUUCUUUAUUACUGCAGCUAUUCUUUGGCCUGCAUCAUAUCUCUUCCAUAUUAUUGAAAUAGUCAAUUUAAAUCACUCUACUAGUAUUUGCAUUUAUAAGAUUUUGAUGGGUAUGUUCCUCCCAUUUUCUUACUUUUUUGUGCUUUUUUGUUCGAAAUCCCCAUUGUCCUGGAUGCUCUCGAUAUAUGUACCAUUGCUACUUAGAAUUAUGUGGGUGAUACCAUUUCAUUACCAUCCCUGGUUAGUAAUGGAUGGUGUUAUAGAAAUAGAAAUUGAUGAUGUAGCAAAUCAACAAAAGUAUUAUUUAAUCUUUGGAAUUUCAAGCAUAUCCAUUUAUACAAUAGAACUGACAUUCUUUUCCAUUUCAGCUGCAGUUUAUCCCAAUGAUACUAUGGGUAAGAAAACAAAGAUUAUGUUCUGGAUUAUGUACUACAUCAUCAUGUUUUUAUGCAUUACAACAUACGUAUCAAACAUAGUAAUGCAUGCCUUAGGGGAAUAUAAGAUACAUAGCGAUGAAUUCAAAAUAUAUGUGAAUAAUACUAUGAGACAAGAACACAAACAUGUAUAACAUGUACCAAUGGGUGAUCCUGAUCCUGUAGACUUUUCCUCCAAAAUGCCCAACACUAAUCAGUUGAAGAGACAAAAUCUUAGGACAAAAAAUCAAUAAUUGCUGUCUUACCAUUUACCCAGAACGCCCAAAAGCUAAUCACUUUGACAUUUUCAUACAAAGGAUCAUCCCUGAAAAUUUAAAAUGGAUCCAUCAAACAGUUCACCUGAAAAGGCACACACAAAACUUUACAAAAAAGAUAUUAGGACAAAAAAUCCAAAAUGGCACCUUAACAUUUACAAAGAAUGCCCAAAAACUUAUCAUUUCAAGAUUUUCAUCAGAAAAUCAUCCCUGAAAAAUUGAAAUCAAUCCAUUGAAUGGUUCACCUGAAAACUUGUAAACAAUACUUCAGACAAGAUUUGAGGACAGAAAUCUAAAAUGGCCUCCUUAACAUUUACCCAAAAUGCCCAAAAGCCUAUCAGUUCAAGAUUUUUGUACAAAGAAUCAUCCCUGAAAAUAUGAAAUAUUUCCAUAAAA